AGCAUGUCUCGCGGGUCCUGCCGUCUCGUCGCCACUACUGACUACUGAGGAGAGGAGCAUGGCCCUGACUAACGUCUUCGUCGUCCUCCUGAGUACCGCAUUGGCUGUGCUCCCCUUCUCCCCUGCCGAUGCCGGCGUGGUGGGCGUGAGCUACGGCCGAUUAGGGAACGACCUGCCGGGCACGGCUUCGGUGGUAAAGCUGCUGAAGAAGAGCGGCAUCACCUCGGUGAGGCUCUACGACGCCAACUCAAAGGUGCUCAAGGCCCUGGCCAACACCGGGAUCACGGUGAUGGUAAUGCUACCCAACGACAAGCUCGCCGCGGCGGCCGCGGACCCGUCGAGCGCGCGACGGUGGGUGCGGAGGAACGUGGCGGCGUACUACCCCGCCACGCAGAUCCACGCCGUCGCCGUCGGGAACGAGGUGUUCGAGGAGGCCAAGAACCUGACCGGGCAGCUCGUCCCGGCCAUGUCCAACGUGCACGACGCGCUGGUGAAGCUUGGCCUGGACGGGGCCGUGAAGGUCUCGACGCCGAUCGCGUUCACCGCGCUCCAGGAGUCGUGGCCGCCGUCCGCGGGCAGGUUCCGGGACGACAUCGCGCGGUCGGUGAUGAAGCCCAUGAUCGAUUUCCUGGAGCGGACCGGGUCGUACCUCACCGUGAACGCCUACCCGUUCUUCGCGUACGCCGAGGAGCCAGACAAGAUCUCCCUCGACUACGCCCUGGGGAACUCCAACGCCACCGGCGUGCGCGACCCCGUGACCGGGCUCGUGUACCACAGCCUCCUGGACGCCCAGCUCGACGCCACGUACUUCGCGAUGGAGAAGCUGGGGACGUCCAGAUCCAGUGCGCGGGGGCCAAAAUCCGUGGCGCCAGCAGCGCACGUUUCGGAGAGCGGGUGGCCUUCCGGCGGCAAACCCAAACGCGGCGGCAGGCCGCGGCCACGCCCACGCGGCGGCGGGAGGCGUUUGGAGUUGGAGCAGGCUGGAGGUGAAGCGGCUUCGGUAGCCAACGCGCAAGCGUACAACAACUACCUGAUCAAGCGCGUGCUGUCCGGUGACACGGGCACCCCGUACCACCCCGACGCCGACAUGGACGUCUACAUCUUCUCCCUCUUCAACGAGAACCAGAAGGGCGACGGGGCGGACGACGUCGAGCAGCACUUCGGGCUGUUCUACCCGAACCGGACGAAGGUGUACGAGUUCGACUUCCGGGGCGGCGCGCUGGUGGCCAGCUGGUGCGUGGCGAACGCGUCCGCCGGGGACGCGCGGCUGCAGGCGGCGCUGGAGUACGCGUGCGGCCACGGCGCCGACUGCGGCGCCAUCCAGCCCGGCGCGCCGUGCUUCGAGCCCGACACCAGGCUCGCGCACGCCUCGUAUGCGUUCAACAGCUACUACCAGCGCAACGGCCGGGCCAAGGCGGCGUGCGACUUCGACGGCGCCGCCUACGUCGUGUAUCACGAACCAGCUGGCACCUGUGACCCGAACGUGAGCUGGUGCGUGGCGAAUGCGGCGGCCGGCGACGCGCGGCUGCUGGCAGCGCUGAACUACGCGUGUGCCAACGGCGCGGACUGCGGCGCCAUACAGCCCGGCGGAGCGUGCUUCGAGCCCAACACCGUGGUCGCCCACGCCUCGUACGCGUUCAACAGCUACUACCAGCGGAAGGGGCGGGGCAGCGGGACGUGCGACUUCGCCGGAGCCGGUUCCGUGGUCUACCACGCGCCAAAGAUUAUUGGGAAGUGCGUCCUCCCGUCGAAAGCUUGGAUUCAAGAAACAACAACAGUCAAGUCUAGAGGAUUCAAGACAAGUUCGGUUUAACCUCGUACUAGGAACGUAGAAUAAUGUAAACAUUGGCAUCUGCACAUCAGGAUAACUGAUGUCUUUGUGUUGCUUUGCUUUUCGGACACUCAUGAACCAUCGUUCCUGUUUCCUGAGGCGGAUCUCCUGCUAGGUUUGGUUCCCGGCUUCUGGCUUUA